AUGGCUAAAAACAUGCAGCUUCGCUCUUACAGCGAGACCAGAUUCGAUCACCGCGUUGCCGAUGGCUAUCCCUUUAGCAACCCCACAGUUGAUCUCUCAGUCAGCUGGGACGCAUCGGGGAAGAAUCUUCUGAUAUACCGGCCUAGGGAGCAGGUCGUAUCCAAGAUCCACCAAUUUGCGAAAACUGGUCAGCAGGCACCAGAACCACAAGCCGUGAGGUGGAAACCGGACGGUGAGUUCAUGCACUCAAUUAAAGCGAUGCUCAUGGAAAUUGACCCCAUGACAGGGCAGUUCCUCGCCGUAGGCUGGAGUGACGGCUAUGUCAGGUUGAUGGGUUUGGAGAACAACAAGGCUGCACAUCAUAUUCGCGUCUGCGGAGACGACACUACACCACCCAGCAUCACUCACAUUGGCUGGUCGCGCAACAUUGUAGGCAAACAACAAACUCAUUUUCAAGAGACAACUUCCCAGCCAUGGCGCAAGCUCUUGUCGGAAGGGCUGGAGCUGCCUGGAGGGGCCGCUCCGCUGGAUUUUCCUCGAGAACUUACGUUCUUAGAAGUGGACUCCGCGUUGCCCAAGAUCAGCCCUUUGCCUAGCUCGAGUGCUGGGGCAGGUGAAGAUGGCUUGGUGUUCACGUUACGGACGGGUAUUGAGUUUCUGUUCCAGCCCUUUAAGACCGAGGAUAGCGACCAGGUUUUCGUGAUGGUCGUGGGCACGAGCGAUGGCCGCCUUCAUCUCAGCAUAUAUGACUCUUUUGUCAUUGGUGACUUUCGAUACACCCUUCCGAGCUCCAUGUACAUGCCGGGCGUGCUUCAGCUUGUCCAGCAUGCCUCUCAUCCAGAAGUGUCAACCCACACCCUUCUCCUGAAAUCCUCAGCCGACGACGACCGGGCACUUUACCUCGUCCCCAUGGACCUGCCUUUCAUUCCGUCUUCCCCGAUCAACAUCUCCCUCCUAGCAUCAAAGCUCACUACGCUGCAAAAGCUGCUCCGAUACGUGAAGCAGACGCAACUGCAUAUACAAGUGGAGUACAAAAACACGAGAGAGCUCCCUUCUAGGUUCCUACGCAGUGUUGAGGGAGAUCUAGAGCAGAUGGCUCAUGGUCCGACAAAUAUCGUCCAAGCCUUGUUCCACACAGUCGUCACCGGCCACGCAUAUGAACCUGUCCGCGAGUGGCUCGUCGACAAUCUCGCUGAGCGUGGCCACAAACGAUGGGACAAGGCUGUGGUAUCUGGUCUCGAGAAUAUGCGCGGUCUGGUUCACGAAAACCUGCUGCCCGCAUUGGAGAGAUGCGCCAUCAUUCUCAGCCGCCUCCGCGGGCUGGCCCAAUUUUACGAUUCGCGAGAUGACAUUGGUUUCUCUGUCGCACAAAUCACCCGUGCGAUUGAUGUCGUCUCCUGCCUCACACUGGUGGGGCACAGGAUCCUCCUCAACAUCAUGGAAGAGCUCGACCUCUUCAACGCCUUCUCUACCUGGAUACGAUUCCAGAUCGAUCGUCUUGCUGCCCCGAGCUCGGCAAGUGAGGAGCUUACAGAAAAAGAAGCCACCAUGGAGAAUAGCAAAGUCCUUGUGUACGUUCAAAAUUAUCUCAUGGCAAGUCCCAUGGCCGCAUUCCUGGAUGAGGUAACCAAGGAAGACUACUCGGCCAACUGGGAGCGAGCCGAAGGUGGAACAUCGAUGCUUGCAGAGCUGGACACACAGCUUCAACGUUGUGAGGAGGGACAGACUUAUUUGAAGGCUUUCCCGAACGUCAGCUUCCUCGUCGAUUAUCUCUCUGCUCGUGCGGGUGGGGUUUUCAAAGAUAUCGCCGAAGCGCAGAAGAGAAGCGUUCGCUUCGGACAGCCAACGAAGAUCGCACUAGGCCGUACGAUUGCCCUGGUCGACUCAACAAUGUGCUCGGAAACGAGAGAGGGAGAGUGUGAUGGACUUACCUUCACGGCUGUGACUGAAGAGAGCCGCGAUCAAGAUGUCUUCGUCUUCCGCACCUUCAUUCACAUCAUCAAUGGAAUCAGUAGCAACGUCGUAACCACAGUCGCCGCCCUGUCUGUAGACAGUGGCAAGAUUAUCGACUCCAAGUUCCUAGACAGCAACACGCUAAUUCUGCUCGUGAGCAAACAAGAUAAAUCCGUCGAGGUUGUCACGGUUCCCGUUCAGUCCCCGAACAUGAACUACGUUCCCUUGCAAGAAGGCAGCCUACCCGCCGCGACGGCUCUUUCCCAGCAGCUCCAGGGCGAGUACACUACAGCCACGAUCCCCAAGGACACUUCCUUCACGCCAGUGCACUUGGAAGUCCAGAAAGCCAGCAGCGCGCGAGGCGAUGUUCCCGCCCGCGUGUGCCUCCUCGGCGCCAACCGGACCGCCUAUAAGGUCUUCAGCCUCGGGGCUGGUCCCGACGACACGCGACAGCCAUCGCCGGCGGCCGCCGCAGUAACGCGGAGCGAUUAG